GAAUAAGUUUUAUUGCACUUUGAAGAAGAAAUUAUUAGAACGUCUUUGAAGUUUUCAGAAUAAACUAUUCUAAUCAAUAAACUAUAUAGCAGCAAUCAAUAAAGUGUACCAAGUAUAAUAACAUUGUAAUGAAAAACAUUCUUUUGUGGAAGAAAUGGAAGGAUAAAAACAUAAUUGAUUUUUCCACCACAAAAAAAGACUAUGAUGUCGUCAUAAUUGAUUUCUUCUUUCAAGUAAUGAGUUACGGCAACUUUACUAUAAUUUUGGAUGCUUAAAUUGUUCUGAUAAAAUCAAAUGAAACUUCUUAAAUAUUGGCAUUGUACCUUUAGACUCCUUGUAUGUUCUGAAUACACGUAAUAUAAAGUUCAAGAAUUCAAAGUUUACAUUAUCUUAAGUCUGCAUUGUAUUCAAGAAAUAUUCAAGAAGUGUGUUAUUACUGAUCUUUGUGAAACUGUUACCCACAAUUUACCUCAAGACUACAUUAAUCAACUUAUUGAUUACAUUAUUGAUGUGUAACAAUUGAGAAAUUUGUGUUUUGACUUUCGACAUUUAAAAAAAAAUCUCCGGAUUCGCUGAAUCGUUAACGUCAAAAGUAUUUUGUCCUGAAUCGAAUAAGUAAACAUAGGAAUAAAAUAAAAUAUCUUCAUCAUUCGAACCUAGAAGUGCGCGAAUGAUAAGAAGAAUGUUCUGAUAAGAGAAUUUCAUUGUAUUGAGCGAGUAAUCAGAGUCAAUACAAGGGAUAUAUAUCUUUUUUUGAAAGAGAGAGAGAUAAAAUGACGAUCAUCGGAAAGAUUUAUGCGCUCAUCAAUAGUGCUGUGGUAAAUUUCACAAUUGAACUACAGGAGGUAGAUCGUCCGUGUAUUAUGCAAUAAAAUACGAAAACACUCAAACCUGAAAGAAAAACACCAAAAUGAAUGCGAGAUUUUUAAGGAUUAUGCAUCUUGGACUGUCAGUGAUUUUAUUACUGUUUUUCGCAUCAGAAUUUGUGUCUGGACACAGCAACGUGUCGAUAGAAAAGCCCAGCCACUGUCGAGUGUCUGGUGGUUCUCUUUUAACUCAAGAACACUUUGCCCUUUAUUCUUGUGCCAGUUGCUAUCGUCACAUGGAUGUCAGGCUUUUUGAAAAUGGCACAAAGCUACGGCAGCGAGGUAUGUGGCUACAAAAUCCAGAAACAAACGAACUUUACGAACCCUCUUACAAAAACAGGAGCAGUCCCAUUUUCAAAACAUUCCGUACUUCCAAACAAAUAGAUCUUUGGAUAAGUUGUUGCCAAGCUGCAGUCGAGUGCUGUGACAGCAUGAGAGAAACUCCAUUAAAUUCAGAGGCUGUUUGCCCUCGAACCUGGGAUGGAUGGAACUGUUGGCCUGACACUGCACCAGGUACUAUCCAACAAGCACCUUGUCCCGCCUACAUAUACUUCAAUAGCGAUAGACCUCAGUGCACGCGUUACGCAACAAAAGAAUGUUGGGAUAACGCUACAUGGUUCAUUAAUUUCAAAGGAAAUGAGUAUAGUGAUUACUCUACAUGCGGUCAAGGUGAGGAUAUAAAGCUACUAAUGAAGACACAUCUCAUCACAUUUGGAAUCUCUAUCGUUCUUCUCAUUCCAGCACUCAUAAUAUUUUUCUAUUACAGACAACUUAGGGUUCACCGCAUAUUCAUGCACAAGAAUCUCUUCAUAUCGCUGCUUUUAACAGCUGUGUUUGUCACAAUAUUUGAGAGCUAUUUCAUCCUCGAUUCUUUCAACAACUAUAACAGCAUUCUUGAAGCAAAUGGGCCAGGAUGUAAAUUGUUUUAUACGCUCACAAAAUACAUGAGAUUGUCUACUUAUAUGUGGAUGUUCUGUGAAGGAUUCUAUCUGCAUAAGUUGAUAGCUGCCGCAUUUGCAGAGCAGAAAGGCAUUUUGAUAUUUUGUGCUAUUGGAUGGGGUGUACCCUUCAUUCCAGUUAUUAUUUGGGCUGUUACAAGGCAAUUGAUGGCAGAUGAACUAUGCUGGACAGUCCCAGGUUAUUAUGAAUGGAUAAUUUAUAUACCUAUGCUAGCUGCAUUAUUUGUAAAUUUUUGUUUCUUAGCUCAUAUUGUACAAAUAAUCAUCACGAAACUAAGAUCAACAAACUCAAAUGAACCUGCACAAUUCAGGAGAGCAGUGCGAGCAACAAUGGUUCUUAUCCCACUAUUUGGAUUGCACUUCCUAUUCCUGGCUUAUAAUCACAAAAAAGGAGACUGUCACAUGAUACUUAUUUUUAAUCUUAUCAUAUAUUCCAUGGAUGGGCUGCAAGGAGGCCUUGUAUCAUUGCUGUUCUGUUACCUAAACAAUGAGGUACUGUAUCUACUGAAGCGAUCAUAUAAUCGUAAGAAAAUGGUGCACGACAUAACUAGUCACAUGAGCAGUCGCAAAGCAAGAGAAUCUCGCACAUCUGUAUCUACAAAUAUGGAAUCAUUAGCUAAUGAUGCUCUAUCACGUGGACUCAACAAAAAAUGACGGCAACUUCGAAGGUGCCAGAGGCACCUUCGUAAAGCGUACAAGCCAGUACUUGUCACUGCAUUAUAACAUAUUUCAUAUGACUUUCAUAAGACUGAACCCAGGGAACAUAAAAAAAAAAAUUAAUAUCUCAAGGAAACAUAACUCUAUACAUCAUUUCCCAGCUAAACGUUCCAUCAGUAUUUGAAGAAAUGAUUUUUAAACAAAAUGAAUAUAAUAAUCAAAGCAAGAACAUAUAAACUGUGAUAGAUUCAUUAUUCAUCUCUGUGUUGUUGAUAAAUAAAGAUUCAUCAAUGUAAUCAUUUAAUAAUGUAUUUAUUG